GACUAGGGGUUGAACAGGUGGGUCUUUGGUGUGGGUUUUCCCUCCAAUGCCAAUUGAGAAAUCAUGCUAGCAGUAUUGUUGCAUUACUGCUUUCAGCAAAGUCAUGCUGGGGCUUGUCAGGCAGCUUGUAACUCUAAGUGUAACUGUAUUUCUGCAAAGACAACUUACGAAAUGAACUUUCCUUAAAGGAGAGUCAAAACUGGAUUUACUUUCCCCUGCUGAAAAGCAGAAACAAUUCUAAUACAGCUCUGCCCUAGAAUUGUAAUUAUUUUUAACAAAGAAUUAAGAACUUCCUGUAUUAAGCUCAAAUUCUUGAGCUAAUUGUUCUUCAAAUAAAGGGGAGGACUGCAAGUCAGUCCCCUGAAAUAAGAGGGGUUAUUUAUGCCCAGUUUUUGGGGGGUUGGUCUUGUGCUAGGUUUCAUAUAGGGUUUUGUUUUCUGGCUUUUCCCUCUCUUCUGUGGCAUCAGAGUGGGAAGGUGUUCGUGGCCUUUUAUUUCUUCUUACAAUCCAGAGUAAAAAGUGAAAUUGGAAUUUGUCACCCGUAGGACUUCUUUUUUGUUUCAUAUUAUGUCUUCAUGCAGUCCUAAUGUUUUUCUUCCUUUGGCAAGUUGGCUUUAAGGUAGCAUGAUUGGUUAUUUCCUUUCCUCCUGCUGAGCUUUCUUGUCAGAAACUGAAGACAGGAAAUCUGUGGUUUGUCUUGAUUGCUGUUGCAUGUACGUGUGUAGUAGUGAUCCUCUCUCUGUGUGCUGGGGAUUGCAUAUUCUGAGCUAGCAGCAACAAGCCUGUGAACAUUGUUAUGUGACGCUUGGUUCUGUCUCUGCCAAGACUGCAGGUUGUGUGAGAGGAGUUCAGUCUGCUUUCUAGAAUGUUUCACAAGCAAAGAACAAGGGUCCUGUAGUAGCAUAUCCUGUCUGGAAAUGGUGCCACAGAGUAAAGAGCAGGGCAAGGGAGUAUGGAGUGCUGUUUUAAUAAGAUCCAGAGAAGGAAAAAAUGAGUUCCCAUGCACAAAUUCUAGAGACAUCUAGAGCUGCAUAAAGUGAAAGGCAUGGUAGGUGUUCUCAAAUUUUUUGGAAGGAAGGAAAAUGAUGGGUAGUGUGCUGCAAUACAAGCGUGCAACAGGAGCUGAAAAGGUACUGAGCAGCUAUAUACUUAAAAGCAAUAAUCUUGUAGUCAAUUCUUGCUGAGAGGCUUCCAUUGUUAUUACUACAGGAAUUCUAUGGGGUAGAUUCAAAGCCUGGAUGGAGGGGGGACUGAUGGCAGACCCUGUUCUGCACAUGGUGUUCAGUGUAGCUGCAAGGCCAUGAAAUGGAGCAGGAAGUGUGUCUGAACUGUGUAGCAGUAGUUCAACCAACUACGGUACAGGUUAUCUUUGUGUAUUUGCAACUGACUGAGAGCUUGUCUGGAACAGUCUUGAGACCUUUCCCAACUGUUGUAAAUCCAAUAUGAUUUGAAACAUCACGUGGACAGUCUGGAGCUAGAGGGUUUAUUAGUGUGUAGAUAUGUUUUGUAAACUGUUGUCGGUAAUGCACUACAUAAUAAAUUUAAAAAAUUGUCUGACUAUCCCCUCUUUCACUUCAGGCCAUCAAGGUAUUAGUGUCCACAACUCAGGUGAUUAGACUUCUUUUCAGAUUAUGGGGUCACUGGUGAACCUGUCUGUAUACAUCCUGAGGAAAAUAACUGGUCGUAGCUGCUGUGGGGUCUGAGACCGAUAAUCUCUUGGUACACGGCUGCUCUCAAGCAUAGAGGAUAAUGCCAAGUACACAGAUUUAUUUGCCAGACAUAUAAUGCACCUGGUUUGCAUCAUCACCUGUUACUGAAUGUUAAGUGCUACUGAAUGAGUUCAUCAUAUGUGAGAAGUCAGUAGAAACUGUUUACAUGUUGCUGAUUUCAGAGCUGAAGAGCUUGACGUGCCUAUUUUUCUUCCUCACUUGCUCAUUUUGUUAUAAUGCCUCUGUGUCUUUUUCCAAUAAAGAGUAUUGAUGCUGCUCAGAUAUCUUAUAUAUAUUUGCUCUCUUGAUUCCAAAUUGUUUUGAGUUUGAUAUCUCGCUCCUUCUAGUAUUUAUUUAGCUUUUCCUCUUGAGUCAGUAUUGGCUUAUGCAUGCUCAGCUUGGGUGAACCCCAGCAUUCCUAGAUGGGAAGGCAUGUAUUCCAGUUCUAGGCAAUGCAUGAGAAUAAAAUCUCUUUUCAGAAAACUAAGAAAGUUCUUUGAACCCUUGUUGGACAGAAAACUGAACAUGCUGUGAAGAUGGGCACUGUAUUCUUAAGGCAGAAAGCAAGGUUUGAGUCUUGGUGUUUCAGUCAUUUAACAACAGUUGCCAGACACCUCUGCAAGCACUAAUCCAAAUAAACGCUUGAAGCAACUUCAGCAGCUCAGGCACUCUUGCACGUUGCUAUUCAGGGCUCUUCAUUCUGUAUCCUCAGUGAUUCAGGCCUUGAUUUGUACGAGUUACAGAGCUAGUAUCAAAAGUCAGGGCUUGACCCCAACUGAAUGUGCCAGUGCUGUAAAGGAAGUCCAGCUCUGGGGUAUGCUCCUUGCAAUCCUAAUGGCUGCAGUUACUGACAUCAGUGUUUUUUUCCUAAGUGAGAUGUUGUCCUGGAAGGUAUCAGGGGCCGCACUUUCUUUGUGUAGUAGUUAACUUUGUGUUCCUGAGUAUCUCCUAGUGCAAGAAUUUACCUGAGGUAAAAUGUGUAACUUUUUCUCUUUUUUUUGGUCCCUUUCUUUGGUAGUACUGCAGAAGUUUUUUGGGAGUACAGAAAGGCAGGAGAAAUUACGACCUGAGGUUACAUGAAGGAAUGGGAUCUACCAGGAAGAAAAGGAAGAGCUGGGAGGUAUUUAACAAACUGUUUUGAAGGUGGGCUCUGAAGUGAGUCCAUUAUUCAGAUGGGGCAGCUCUAGAGGUAGUCUUACUGCAAGUAAGCUUUUCAGAAUGGUUCUUCGAAUGUAGUUCAGCAUUGUUAUUCACAGCAGUUAAUUUUUAACUUGCAUAUCUUAUGUUACAUAUCUUAAGUGUUCCCAGUCUUGAUAUCCCAAUUGUCCUUUAUAUCAAAUACCAACUUGCUUUGGAAAAAUUGUCCCUUUUAGUAUUGGUUUUGCAGGGGCCUUAAGGUAGUUGGUCUCAACAACAGCUUGUCUAGCAUGAUCAUGGCAAUGGUAGGAAAAACAGAAUUGGCUCCCAAUACUGGUGUUGUAGUGCUUUGGCUGUAAGAUCGUCCUUCCACCUCUGAAGAGAGGCCAAAGGUAUCUCUUGCAGCUGAGCUUUAUUAUGCUUCAGUUGGUAGAAUUUCUCUCUUACAUAGGGGACCACUGGUGACAAAUUUCCUAUAUCACUUCACCCUUAACAGAAGCAUGUUUCUGGGUGGAUUGUACUCACCCCCUAGGCAAAGCUUGAUUUGUGUUAUUUCCUUACCAUGUGGCAACUGGUCAAGGUACCUUUGCUGCUCUUAGGAGUAGUACAGCACCAUGUUGCACAUAGACUAGUCAUUGCAGAGACUAGUUGUGCUGGCUGAGACCAUGCUGUGCUCUUCAAGGCUUCCAUGAAGACUUGAGCCUCACCCAGUCAAUAGUGUUAUCCUGGAGCGUUAUUAGUGGUUGAGCUGAUUGUGUUUCUUUAAAUGAAUGGUGCCAAUGGGAAUGGCAUGUUAGGCAGGGCAGCUGCAAGCUCAUCCUGAAACACAACCACCUUUGGAAACCCUAUCCCUACCCCACUGACCCAUGCGGGCUGACUUCAUACUGUUGACUGACCAUGCCGGUUGCGUCAAUGCCUGAAAUGUAACUGCUUCCUGGCAGCAGGGCAGAUCCUGCUGAUGUGAUUGAUAACGUGUUACUCGAAGCAGGGGAAAAGCUGCAUUUACACAUCUUACCCACAGCUGACAACACAGGCCGCACACUCGUGGGGUGAGAGAAUCUUCACUCAGCUGGGAUGUCCCUGUAAAACAUGCUUCCAAGUGCUGUGCUCUGAAACUUUUAGACAAGAUAAUCUCCUCUUCACAACAGAUAAAGCUGUGUCCUAACAGCUCACUAUCGUUAGCUCUGUCCCUUGCACUCACAAAUGUGUUCUGGUUCUAUACCUCAAGCCUCUAGGUCUGAAAUGCCCACAGAGAGGCUGUGUUGCAGAGCCCCUUGCUGGAAAAUAAUGUUGCAUGGAACAGCCUCUCUUUUGCUGAAAUCCUGGCACCGCUGCCAAUUGCAGCAGGAGAAGGAGACAACCUUUCUCCUUUUUUGUUCCAUGUGAGGGUCACUCUCUUUCAAGAACACAGAGGAGUGCUGAGCCCCACAGAUGCCUGGAGUUCUCAGUGAUAAAGCCCGUUGCUCUCCCUCUCCUUUCCUUUCGUUGCACUGGACUUAUCUGGGUGCCUGAGUUAUGUUAAGUGGCGGGUGCGUGCCUGUUCUCCAUUCCCCUUGCUGCUUUUGCUCCUUGGAUUUCAAUUCCAAACAUGGUUAUCCCUCUGGGGUCCCUCUCCUCGCCGCUGCCAAGUGAUAGACGUACCAAAUCCAACCCGGCCGCCCUCCCCGCUGCGCUCUCACGGGCUCAUUUUCACUGCCAGAGGGCUGGCGAAAGGAGCAUUGCAACCAGAUCUCUAACUGGGCUGAGUUUUCCAGCUAAUGGCCUCUGCUUUCUCUUCGCCUGGGCUUUUUCAGCUUCUGUUUUGCCAGAUCUGUUUUUCUCUGGUGCAGCUAGGGAGAGGGCCAGCCUGAUUUGUGAGCCACAAAGAGGAAAAGUGAGCGCUUUGGGCAUUUUUCAGGAGUGAAAAUAUCUAGCAGUGCUUUAACAUGUCGCUGUGAAGUGCGCUGCUGUGGGGCCAGCCGGCACUGAGGAGUAGGAGGAGGAACAGCCACCCAGCAGCUCUGGUUUCAGACCUCUGCGCUCUUUGCGUAUGACAAUUGCUUUUUAAUGCCAGCCGGCCGGGGCAGGAUGAGCACCAGCAGCCUCUCCUGGGACCAAGCUGUCCUCCAGCCUCCCGCCUGCGAUGCCUGGAAGGAGCACAUGGAGGGAGCGGCCUACCAUCUGGGCAGCUGUAUCGUCCUCCUGGGCUACAUGGGCGGCAGUGGCAUCUUUGGGUCCCUCUACAUCUUCGGCUUCCUGGCCCCGGGCUACUUCUGCUAUGCGCUGUGGGGCUGGCUGAGCGCCUGCGGGCUUGACAUCUUAGUCUGGAAUGCGCUGCUCGUCCUCACCUGCAUGCUGCAGCUGGCCCACCUGGCUUACCGGCUCCGCAGAGACACCGUCCCUGAAGAGUUUGAGCUUCUCUACAAGGCCAUGUACCUGCCCUUGCAGGUGCCCCUGGAAGUCUACAGAGAAAUCGUGAAGUGCUGUGAAGAGCAAGUGCAGCCACUAGGCCGAGACCAGAAUUACGCAGUGGAAGGCAAGACGCCCAUCGACCGCCUCUCCUUGCUGCUGUCUGGCAGGGUCCGCGUGAGCCAGGAUGGGCAGUUCCUCCACUACAUCUUCCCAUACCAGUUCCUGGACUCUCCAGAGUGGGAGUCACUGCGACCUUCUGAGGAAGGAACGUUCCAGGUCACACUGACAGCUGAAACUGACUGCAGCUACAUCACCUGGCCAAGGCGGCGGCUGUACCUCCUCCUGAGGAAGGACCGCUACAUUGCCCGCCUCUUCUCCUCCCACCUGGGCUAUGACAUCUCAGAGAAGCUCUACUCCCUCAAUGAGAAGCUCUUUGCCAAGUUUGGUCUCCGCUUUGACAUCCGCUUGCCCAGCCUCUACCAUGUUCUGGGGCCGGCCUCCUCGGAGGGGGAGCAGGAGGAGGCCGAUGAGCUGCCGCGCUCGCUGCAGCCUGACCACAGGCUGGAUGGGGCCUCGGAACCCCCUCCACAGCCUCCACCACCACCACCACUUGCUUCGCGCCCUCGGUCCUCCCGGCCCGAGAGCGACCUGCUGGGUGAGGACUCCACCAGUCUUGUCUUGGAAGAUUUUGCUGAGUUACCAGGGUCAUUUAUGGACUAUGUGAGCGAAGGGGAGUAUAUGAAGUGAGGGUGCUCCCUGCACGGGCAUGCAUCGCCCCAUGUGGCACCCCCACCCUCUGAGAACCUCCGGAGCCACCUUCCUGCUCCCUGCAAAGGACGAGCUCCCCUGGCUCCCACGCAGACCCCCGAGCUCUAGGGAACAGCAGGCUGUUUGGAUCCCAAGCCCCUCUGGGGGCACGUCUGCUCACACACCUUUCUGACCAGCUGGACACUCUGUAGCACGCACCAAAAUGUCUGCCUGCAUGGACACGGACACUCAGGAGCACAUGAAGCACACACGUGGGACUGCAGUGACCCUCCAGCACCUCCCACUCCACAAUGUUUGC